GUCUAAUCGUGCCAUAGCGUCAGACAAAAAUAAAAAAAAAAGGGUAAUUGUGAGCUUGGAAUGUGUCGGUACUUCAAAUAAUACCCGUCUUUCUCAGCUCCGACGAUUGCGAUAUCACAUAUACAAGGGUGAUAAUGUAACAAAAAUAAUAAUAAACGAAAUACUUACUACCAAUUUACUUACGGGAAAUUCUUAUCCUUAUCUUAAUCAGUUGGGUUUAAUCUAG